GGCGAGCGAGACGCGUUGCGUCACAUGGGCAAUGGGCACGUACGUACGAGCGACACGGUUGACAAGCAUGCCACGUUUUGCCGCCCGGAGCGAGAUCGUCGAGUACCGCGAGGAGAGAUGCUGUCGGCGUUCGUUUACGGCUGUUACGUACGUCAUGGCAAGGCCUCUCACGUGAAGGCUCCCGCGAGGCGCGGGGAUGCCACGGGCUCCACGUACGAUAUGCCACCGAGACUCCUCGUCCCCUUCGUCUUCAUCCUCGGGAUCGCGAUCGCUGUUAUCAGUACGCUGGUGUCGAGAUACAUCGACGUCGAUUCUACGGAACAGGAACUCCAUCACGGCCGUUCCGUAUUUGUGCCACUUACCUCGGAAGGUAUUUUGGACGUCUACGAUGAUCAUAUGCUCACCAUUUCGCAGAGCAACACCCAGCUCGGUAAGGUUCAGUGCACCGCGGCGUCGACAGCGGAGGCCCUGACAUCUCUGCACUUAGCCCUAGACAUGAAAUUAUCUGGGAAGCAGGAGAAAGCUAUAAAAUUGUUUCAACACGCGGUGGCGUUGGCGCCUUGCCAUCCCGACGUCUUGAACUAUUAUGGGGAAUUUUUGGAGCACACGCAGAACAACGUGAUCAAAGCCAAUGAAUUUUACGUGCGCGCUUUAACUUACAAGCCGAAUCACGAGGGUGCUUUAAUAAAUAGUCAAAGGACAGCUCGCGUAGUCGAGGAACACGAUAGAAUAAUGCUCAGGCGCAUCGACGACAAGAGGAACACGCUGUCUAACAUACCUGACAACAAUGCUGCAUUGAUACGCGCGAAAAAGGAGGCUUACUUCCAACAUAUCUAUCACACAGUCGGGAUCGAGGGAAAUACUAUGAAUCUGGCACAGACGAGAGCUAUAGUCGAGACCCGUAUCGCAGUCUCUGGAAAGAGUAUCGAUGAACACAAUGAAAUCAUUGGAUUAGACGCUGCCAUGAAGUAUAUCAACGCGACCUUGGUAAAUAGGGUAGGGUCUAUCUCCAUAAAAGAUAUACUGGAGAUACACAGGCGUGUUCUGGGACACGUAGAUCCCGUUGAAGGCGGCCAAUUUCGAAGGACUCAGGUGUACGUUGGCGGCCAUAUACCUCCAGGUCCCGACAGUAUACAUUACCUGAUGGAGGAGUUUGUAUUAUGGUUGAACAGCGAACAAGCCAUCAGGAUGCAUCCAGUGAGAUACGCGGCUCUCGCACAUUAUAAACUGGUACACAUACAUCCAUUUACCGAUGGAAACGGCAGAACGUCCCGCUUGCUCAUGAACAUGAUACUCAUGCAAGCUGGAUAUCCACCUGUUAUUAUUCACAAACAGCAUCGCCAUAAGUAUUACGAGUAUUUGCAACUAGCCAACGCCGGAGAUGUUCGACCAUUCGUGAGAUUCAUAGCGGAAUGCACGGAACAGACCUUGGAUUUAUUCUUAUGGGCGACUAGUGAAUUUUCUCGACAAGUUCCUGCACUGAGUCAAGAGACGUUGUUUACGGAAAAGCACAAUACGAUUAUUCUAGAGGAUGAUAACAAUGAAAUACUGGAAAACGAUUGAAAACGUAACGUCUGAAGUAUUUUUGAGACCAAAGAACGUUAAUAUUAUUUAUAUUCAAUAUCAUUAUUUAUUGAUAAUUAAAAUUUUUAAAGUUUGAAAGUUAAACUAGGCUUAAAUAACAUACAUAAUCUAAAAAUUGAGAUGAUCUAACGAGAUAAUCUAACGAGAAUAUCAACAACUGUUAAAAUGACAUUUAUCCACGGUAUCAGAACUGAAGCAUACUUGUUCUGUGCCUGUUGACGUGUGAUCUAAAUGUAUUGUUAUUUAUGAGCUGCCAAUUUUACCACGUGUCCAUGUAAAUACGAAUCUCUUCCAUUCUCUACUUAACAUAGAGUAAAUUAAUUUAUAUUUAUAGUGUAUAUAAUAAAUGUGAUAGCAAAUUACGAAAGUACGUAUUAUAUAUUAAUUUACAACGGGAGCAAAUUAACAUUGUCUCGAUUAUGGAGAAAAUCUCAUCAUGUUAUUCAAUUAAAAUUGUUAUUAAAAUUA